AUGGGUGCCAUGGAACCCGUGGUACAGGCCUCCUCCUCGUCAUCACCGGAUGAGGCCAUCAUGGAGCCCCCUAACCCGGUUCCUCAGGUUGACAAAUUUGAUACGGUGCUAGAGGACUUUCCUGACAGUCUCUUUCUCAUGGCUGUACAGGUUCUCCGCUCUGUGCUGCUGUUUCCAACAAUAGAACGCAUGGCUCAGUCCCCGCAAGGCAAGCUCCUGACACCUGUGCUGUGCAAGCUUCGGUACAUUCUGUACAUGCCAGUCUACCUGCUGUCAUUUCUCCCGGAAAGAGUCAAAACUUCCAUGGUGCAAUUUGUGCUGCGAGGAUUGAAAUAUCCUGAUGAAGCUUCAAUAGUUACCUCCCUAAAUCUCUUCAGUGUGGAUUGUGUUGCGAAUGUCCUGUAUAUGGCAAGCCAAGAAAUGAUGAAGGUUGUGGAGAGAGACAGUACAACUAUCAAACAAAAUUUAAAGAAGCUGAUUUUUUAUUAUGGAGUUGCAGACAACUGGUGCCCACAACAGUAUUUUGAAGAGAUCAAGAUGGAUUUUCCGGAUGGGGACAUUCGGCUCUGUGAGAAGGGAAUCCGCCAUGCUUUUGUCCUAGAUGCCAGCAGAGAGGUGGCGGCGAUGAUCACAGACUGGUUACAAGACAUUCUGACCAGAUUAUAAACACUCCUUCAGUGAAUAAUGACAAGAAAAAAAAAGUUGCCCUUUGGUGAAUGUGUAAUUCUCUGUCAGAGUCUGACCCUAAUUUUUCUGUGCAUUAUAGAUUAUGGCUUGUUUUCUACUGAGACAUCUUACAGAAGGAUAAAGUCCCACUGACUGGUCUAAAGUAUAGCUCCAUCAGCACAAUAAUAUUGGAUCCCCAUGCUGUACCAGCAGGGCUCUACAAGGCAUUUCAGGGAUUCUAUCAAAUAUAGAUCAGGACUUUACAGAGUAUGAAAUAAUUAUCAGCUGAUAGCACUGUCCACAAAAUUGAUAUGAGAACUACCAAGACAUCUCUUUGGACACAUGGCUGGUAAGUGCUAGAAGAGCUACACGUUCAAAAUGAGAGCAGGGAAAGGACAGACCUAAGGUCAAAAGUGUCAGAGUGGAAUGUCUCAAGUUAAAUAGCUAAAUCCAUGUUCAUCCACUUACAUAAGUGGCGUAGUUCUCAGAGGUACUGCACACCCACUGCGGUCAAUGGGAACUGCAGGUGUUCAGCCCCUUUAAAAAAUCAAGCCACUUUUGUCAUGUGCCUAAAUAUAGAUUUAAGUCCCUAACUCUAGAGGGAUGCAAGAUUAAAACUUUUGACCCAAAUGCACAAGUUGAAUGAAUUCACAAUAAGAAAAUGGCCAACAUUUCUGUCACAACUGGAUGUGCAUAUGAAAUUUCAUGAACCCUUUUAAAACAUAUAGGCCCAGAUCCUCAGAUGAUGUAAAUAAGCUCCAUCAGUUUGUCAGUUUGUAUCAGCUGAGGAUCUGGUCCUUACUCUAAUACAUUACUGAUAAAUACACUUCAUCAUCCUCAUGCACACUCCUUCGCCCUUUUAUUUCACUUCAAUCGAGAUUGCAAACAGUGCAAAAAAAAAUCUGUCAUUGUGAAAAUGACACAAAGCUAAGAAUGAAAACUCUGUAGGCAUUGGGAGCAGAAAUUGCCAAGAGAGACAGGUGGAAUCAGGAAAAGAUGUCCUAACAGUGAGAUUGUGAAAUAGUCUCUCAAAGGAAAAGAUAUGAGCCCAGUCCCCAGAGACACUUAAAAAUAGAAAAAGCACUGGAUAAUAUAGUGUAAGGAGCAACCCUUCCCUGGCAGGGAGAUUGGUGACCUAAUAUGUCUUUUACAUCUCUGACUUGUAUGAUCCAUUAAGAAUUUAAAUAAGGCACUAGGGGAGAUGAUAAGGAAGUCCUGUAUGAUGCAGGAGGUCAGACUGGAUAACCCAAGAAUUCUCUUCUUGCUAUUCCUUUAUAUGAUUACACACACAGUCAUUUCUGUUUAAAUUCCUUUGUUACGUUCUGAUAUUUAAAGGCAAACUGUAGCAGAAUCCAAUUUCCAGUUUUCUGUGGACUUGUCUUCAAAACUCCAGGGUUGUAUAACAUCUGGUACACCAAUGAAUUUAUGGAUGAUGUUUGUGAAUGAUGUUAAUGAAACAGAAGAUGAUGCUUAAGGUUGAAAUGUUAGGCAGUCUGUAGUGGCAUAAGUUGAGUGUGUGUGAGGCAAUUGUCCCAGACUGUUCUGUGAAACUAACCCGGUCAUGGUUAUUACAAGCUCAUAGAAGCCGCCUUCCCUCAGCAGGACCAUAGUGGCACAAUAGAAUAUAUGUUGUUGCCUUAUAUGGUCAUAACAACUGCAACAACAAAAAUCACUGUGCCCAGUUUUGAAAUCUACAGUUAUAUGUGUGGUCAAACAGCCCCCAGAUGCUGAUAUGCAGUCAUUUUAAAUGUUCUUUCUGCUGCGGCUUCUGAACCCAUGUUCUGGCAUAGAUACUCCAUGUGCAGGGUGAAGCAUAUAUAUGUAUGUUAGCAACAAAUGUCAGCAUUGAGUUCAGUAGAUUCUUCUGUAAUUACGUGUUGAUAUGAUUGAAUAAAUUGUUCAUUCCUUGCAGUAUAUUGAAUUGAA